AUGGCCUCCUCCGAUGGCGCCUCUUCGAUCACUGUUGCGGUCCGUGUGAGGCCCUUUACUAUCCGUGAGGCGGCCCAACUCUCUAGAACCGACGAUGGUCCUCUGUUCCUUGGUGAUGGGUCGCUGGCUGGCGUCCCGACUCCCAAGCUGAACCAGAAAGGACUUCGCUCCAUUGUCAAGGUGAUUGAUGACCGAUGCUUGGUGUUCGAUCCCCCCGAAGACAACCCCGUCCAGAAGUUCUCCAGGAGCGUCGUCCCCAAUGGCAAACGCGUCAAGGACCAAACCUUUGCCUUCGAUCGUAUCUUUGACCAGAAUGCCUCCCAGGGAGAGGUCUACGAAUCCACCACUCGCGGUCUUCUCGACAAUGUCCUCGACGGCUACAACGCAACGGUCUUCGCCUACGGCGCUACGGGCUGCGGAAAGACACACACCAUCACCGGAACAGCGCAACAACCGGGAAUCAUUUUCCUGACAAUGCAGGAGCUCUUCGAGAGGAUCGAUGAGAGAUCAGGCGAGAAAUCCACGGAGAUAUCGCUCUCCUAUUUGGAAAUCUAUAACGAAACCAUUCGCGACUUGCUCGUCUCAGGCAACCCCAAGGGUGGUCUCAUGCUUCGAGAAGAUGUCAACCAGUCUGUUUCAGUGGCAGGCCUGUCAAGCCAUCACCCCCAAAAUGUGGAGCAGGUAAUGGAUAUGAUCGUUCGAGGUAACGAAUCCCGCACCAUGUCACCCACCGAGGCCAAUGCCACAUCAUCCCGAUCGCACGCCGUUCUCCAAAUCAACAUCGCUCAGAAGGAUCGAAAUGCGGGACAAAACGAGCCUCACACCAUGGCAACCCUCAGCAUUAUUGACUUGGCUGGAAGUGAACGAGCCAGUGCUACGAAAAACCGUGGCGACCGACUGUUCGAGGGUGCUAAUAUCAACAAGUCUUUGCUAGCACUCGGAAGCUGCAUCAACGCGCUCUGUGACCCCCGAAAGCGCAACCACAUCCCUUACCGAAACUCGAAGCUGACUCGACUCUUGAAGUUUGCUCUUGGCGGAAACUGCAAGACUGUCAUGAUUGUCUGCGUCAGUCCCUCGAGCCAACACUUUGACGAGACGCAAAAUACUCUACGCUAUGCCAACCGCGCCAAGAACAUCCAGACCAAGGUGACUCGAAACGUCUUCAAUGUCAACCGUCACGUCAAGGAUUUCUUGGUCAAGAUCGAUGAGCAGAUGAACUUGAUCAACGAGCUCAAGACACAGGCGAAGGAUUCUGAAAACCUUGCCUUUGCCAAGUUCAAGAAGCAGACUGAAAAGAAGGACCUUGUUGUCCGCGAGGGCGUUGCACGAAUUCGCAGUGCCUACGAACAUAGCCUUCCCGAACGACAGGAGAAGGCCAACAACAUGCUUAAGCUGAGACAGAUUAGUCGCCGCAUCGGUAUCCUGUCAUCAUGGAUUGCGGCUUUUGACAGUGUCUGCGAGUCGCACGAGAAUCAGGAAGGCUUAUCUAGCCUUCAUGCCGUUCGCAAAACUGCCCAAGGCAUUCUACUCGAGCUCGAGGGGAGUCGACACCAUUACAACCAACGAUUGUCGAAGAACACAUGGGAUCGAGCCAUGGUUUCCGCAGUUGAGAACGCGACAAAUCAGCUGCAGGAAUUUGACAUCAGUGAUGCCAGUGACUACGCAAAUCUGGACAGAGAAGCUGAGCUUCUGCGCUCCAAUGCUGAGCGCGAGGCUUUGUCUGCAGUGGUCGAUCAGGACAAGGCCGGCGAGGCCGCCGCAGUACAAUUGCUGCUCCAAGCUCACUUUGAGAUGAUGACCUCCAUUGAGGAUAUCAUGCAACUCAAUGCUACCGAGGCUAUCCAGAAGGGGCGUCUCAUUCUCAUGAAGAUGCUGGAGGGCUGCACCGAUGCAGUCACCAGCCUUAUCAAGGCCGACGGUAAUCUGCCUGCCGUCCCCAGUUUCAACCUGCAAAGCCCUGCCAAGUCUGCCAGUCCUCCAAAGCCGAGAAAGAGAUUCAGCUUGGUGGGAGUGCCGGCUCCCAGAUUUUCACUCACUCCUUCAGUUCAGCUCGCCCCGGUGGCGGCUGCUUCUCCGAUGAAGAGUUCUCCACGUCGUCGCAAGGUUGCUGCUGGCCGUAAGACUGUCAGCUUUACACCCAAGAAGACGCAAGCUAAGGCUUCUAAACGAUCUGUCCGCUGGAAGGAUGACGAAGAGGAUGGUCCCCUCACUGAGUUCCAGAAGACUCCCCAGAAAGCUGCUGCUGAGUCCUCAGACGAUACUGGCUCCGAGGCAGAACCCACCGAGCCUACUCUCCCGAGAGGUGUAUCUCCUAUUCCACGCAACAUUCCUCGGAAAGUCAGCCCAGCUUACUCAAUUUCCCCUGCUCCGGGUCCGGCUGAGCCGACCCUGAACGUUCAGAAGAACGGUAAUCGAUUCAAGGCCGGAUUCUUGUCCAAGAAGUCUGGCGGCUCUCCCCUAAGCCCACCUCCGUCCACCAGUCUGCCAAUUUCUGACAAUGAGAAAUCUCCCCUUCGCGACAUUGAGGGAAGUAGUUUCUUGAAUCGUGCUUCGUCAGAAAAGCCAUCCCGAAUUGCUGUCCGUUCUCCAAGUGGGAACCUGUCGAGCAGCCCGGUGUCUGACAGCAAGGACAACUGGAAGACUGACAAGGAUGAGGCUAUGAAAAUUAACUCCGCCAUGCGUCGAAUUUCCAGCAGCCACGUUGGCGCAGUCUCCGGUAGCAACUCAUUGCGAGUUCACCGUCGUCGCAGCCCAACCUCUGCUACAUACAGCAGCUCCCCAAGUGAGGGCACCAUGUUCACUGCAUCUCAGGCCCGUCGUAUGGUCAAGAGUGAGCGCGAAGGUGAGGCCAAGCCCAGUGUCCUCAGUCCCCACACCUUGCCUGUGAUGAAGCAUACUGGGCGACGGAUCACUCUGGGAGGUGACAUCCGCCCUCGGCAUGCUAGCCUGUCUAGCAGGGAUGCACUGCGCCUCAGCGCGAUCGCAGCACCCACUGUCAACCACACUCAGGAUUUCACAUCGAGUGGACUCCGGUAG